AUCCGGUAGAGUUAGAGCCCGUGCGGAGGCGGUGCGGAGCGGUUCGGCUCUGAGCGGCUGGGCGACCGGCGCGUCGUGCUGGGCUGCGGCGGAGCCUCCUUAAAGAAGGUGCAAGAGGUUGGCAGCUUCGAUUGAAGCACAUCGACCGGCGACAGCAGCCAGGAGUCAUGAGCGACAGCGGCGAGCAGAACUACGGCGAGCGGGUUAAUGUUGAAGAAGGAAAAUGCGGAAGUCGUCAUUUGACAAGUUUUAUAAAUGAGUAUUUGAAGCUCAGGAAUAAGUGAAGCUGAAAUUUGAAAAAAUAAAAGAAAGAAUGCAUGCUAAUUAUCAGACCAGAAGUCCCACUUGUAGAAUAUUGAGCAAUUUGUGUGAAGUGGGGAAGAUGAAAGAAGUCAGAAUUUGAAACGGAAGAAUGAAGAAAAGAAAUAAAAAUGAAGUUAAGAUAAGAAGUAAUCUGGAAUCAGAAAGCACUACGCUAAGAAUCCCGUUCUGCUUCCAGAAGUGGAAGUGCUCACGGAUCGGGGAAAUCUGCAAGGCAUACCCCUGCAAGGUCUCGCUCCAAGGAAGAUUCCAGGCGUUCCAGAUCAAAGUCCAGGUCCAGAUCUGAAUCUAGGUCUAGAUCCAGAAGAAGCUCCCGAAGGCAUUAUACCCGGUCACGGUCUCGCUCCCGCUCCCAUAGAAGAUCACGUAGCAGGUCUUACAGUCGAGAUUAUCGUAGACGGCACAGCCACAGCCAUUCUCCCAUGUCUACUCGCAGGCGUCAUGUUGGGAAUCGGGCAAAUCCUGAUCCUAACUGUUGUCUUGGAGUAUUUGGGCUGAGCUUGUACACCACAGAAAGAGAUCUAAGAGAAGUGUUCUCUAAAUAUGGUCCUAUUGCCGAUGUGUCUAUUGUAUAUGACCAGCAGUCUAGGCGUUCAAGAGGAUUUGCCUUUGUAUAUUUUGAAAAUGUAGAUGAUGCCAAGGAAGCUAAAGAACGUGCCAAUGGAAUGGAACUUGAUGGGCGUAGGAUCAGAGUUGAUUUCUCUAUAACAAAAAGACCACAUACACCAACACCAGGAAUUUACAUGGGGAGACCUACUUAUGGCAGCUCUCGCCGUCGGGAUUAUUAUGACAGAGGAUAUGAUCGGGGUUAUGAUGAUCGGGACUACUAUAGCAGAUCAUACAGAGGAGGUGGCGGCGGAGGAGGAGGAUGGAGAGCUGCUCAAGACAGGGAUCAGAUAUAUAGAAGGCGGUCACCUUCUCCUUACUAUAGUCGUGGAGGAUACAGAUCACGUUCCAGAUCUCGAUCAUAUUCACCUCGUCGCUAUUAAAGCAUGAAGACUUUCUGAAACCUGCCCUAGAGCUGGGAUAUUGUUUGUGGACAAUAUUUUUUAUUGUCUCUUGUUUAAAAAGUGAACAGUGCCUAGUGAAGUUAGGUGACUUUUACACCUUUUAUGAUGACUACUUUUGGUGGAGUUGAAAUGCUGUUUUCAUUCUGCAUUUGUGUAGUUCGGUGCUUUGUUCAAAGUUAAGUGUUUUCAGAAAAGUAUGUUUUGCAUGUAUUUUUUUACAGUCUAAAUUUUGACUGCUGAAAAGUUUCUAUUGUACAAAACUUCAUUUAAAAGGUUUUUCUACUGAAUCCAGGGUAUUCUGAAGAUCGAAGCCUGUGUAAAAUGCUACCAAAUGGCAAAAAGCAACAAUAAACAGUUUGAUUUUUACUUUUCUUUCUAACAUAUCAAUGCUUAGCAGAACUAUUCAGAUUAAGUUGUCAGUAGUAAAUUUAAAGACAAAUACCCGUUUUCCUCCAGUCCAUGAAACAUACCAUACUUAUAUAACUGCAGCUAAAUGUUAAAAAUUAUGCUCUGUAACUCUGUACUGCUAGUAUUAGAACUAAAAACCUUAAAAUACAGCCAGUGCUUAAUGCUUAUAUAAAUGUGGAUUUGUCAGCUUUUAUGUAAUCUGUAAUAUGUAUAGCAGGAAAUAAGAAAUGAAGAGUUACACAGUGUAUGCCUUAAAAGGCUGUUUCUUAAAAAGCUGUUACAAGGGGAUAAUGGUAUUUCAACUAGUUAUCAGCAAGUGACAAUACAUUCCACCACAAAUAUACUCUUGUUAUUCUAGCUUUUAGACUAUAUGAAAAAACUGGGUGCUUCAGAGUACAUGAUAAGAGAAGGGAACACUACACCUGUGUCAUGGAUGAACUGAAGACUUUGCCUGUUCAUUUUUUAAAUAUUAUUUUCAGGUCCUUUGCUUACCAAAGGAGACCCAAUUUCACUCAAAUGUUUUGAGAACUGUGUUUAAAUAAACGCAAA